CGACCUUCUCGAGCACUGCAAAUGCCCACAAAAUCAUAACUUCACCUGCUCAAAUGGCGUUGCAGCAGUUUCUCGACUUGGUCAACCGGAACUUGUCGUCUCCACCGACACUAGCUCAGCUUUUCAUUGCUGAUAUUCAGUCCGAGGACUUGCAAGUGCUACAGCGCGAUCUCCAGAGCGGCCCGACGAGAUCUAAUAAUGAGAUAUCUAAGCUAGUUGAGUCCAGAAAUUACUUUGAUGGAGAUUGGCCCGGGUUUACCGAGUUUACUAUCACGUACCUCGUCUUUGCGAGAGAUGUGAAUCCCUUUGAUCUCCAAGAGUCAUAUCCACUUCUUGAGAAAGUCUUUACGAAUCUUCAAAUCGCAUACAGCAACAAUCGAGGCGCGAUCCUCACGCCGACAGUGCGUAAUUUCGCAACCGUCGUCACCGACAGCGCAAUCUAUCUUGACUCGGCCGAUGUGUUAAACACGCUCGUGCGGACGAACGAUGUGUCGACUGUGCUUUUGAAGAUGUUUAAUUCGAUCAGAGGAGAGCGGUAUACGCCUGAUCAGGGCUCGCUCACGAAGAAGGAUGUGAUUCUUUAUAUCUCGGUUUUAUUAUGUCGAACGUACUUCAAACUCAAUCAACCCUCCGCGUGUGCAAACGUGUUUUCAAAUAUCCACACAGCCAAGAUCCAAUUCUCAAAAUACCCCCGAUCCGAGCGCGUAACUUUCAGAUUCUACCUCGGCCGCUUCUAUUUCCUCCGGCAAGAGCUACUCCGAGCGCGAAAACAUCUCUUGUGGGCAUUCAACAACUGUCUAGCGUCUGCGAUAAACAACCAGCGGGCAAUUCUCACUUACUUGAUCCCUACGAGCCUGUUACUCGGAAUAGGCGCGAGACCGGAACUCUACAUGAUUGCUGGCGAUUCGUUGCGAGAUAUUUUUGCUCCGCUUGAGCGCGCUUUGAAGGUUGGGGAUAUGUAUGCAUAUAACGAACAUCUUGUGAGGUACUUUGAUUGGUUUGUUGCAAAGAAGAUGUUUGUUCUCCUGAGGUCGAAGAGUGAGAUUAUUUUACUGCGGAAUCUUUUUCGACGAAUAAACGUGUAUAGUGCCAGUCUUCCUGUUGAGCUGGGCGCCAAAAAACCGGAUAAUAUCACGUUCGACUCGGUCCUGCUCGGCAUCAAACUCUCAACCCGUUCUAACAACCCCGCGCUCUCUGCCCAAUCCGGCACACCGGCCUCCUCAGACGUCCCCGCUAUUUUCCCUUUCAAAAUACCUGAAAUGGAAUGGAGCUACGACGAUGUUGAGAACGCAUGUAUCAGCUUGAUCGACCAGGGGUUAAUGAAGGGGAAUAUUUACACGCGGAGAAAGCUUGUUCGGCUCCAGCCAUCAGGCGGGUUUAGACCGCUGUCUGAGGUGUUGGGGUUACGUGGUGCGCAGGCCGGCGAUGAGGAGGCCUGGAUGGAUCGGUAGUUUUGAGUCUCAUUUCUUCUUCUUCUA